CACUGAGGUUGAUUGGACAGAUGACGACCAAUGAGAUGGCUGUGAAAUAGUUCCCUCCCAUUUGGUAUGAUGUGAUUCAAGUCAAUAACCUUAUGAUGCUGUCUAGAUGGUCUGCUGUUCACUUGGUCAAACCAGAAGAAAAUGUGGAUGGUGCUUCAUCUGCUGCUCCUGCUCCAACAUGGAGGCAAGUCCAUGCUCAGUUCCGAUGUACAUGACUCUUGUUAAUAUCUCUUCUUUUUCUUCUCUUCAGCAUGUACAGGAGCUCACAGCUUUUCCACUCUGUACCAUUCUCAUGUACCAUUGAGAAAAAUUCACAAAUUGAAAAAACAUUUUGGAUCCGACUUUCUGGAACUUUUCCUGAAGUUUUAGGCGGAAGUUCAAAUUUCGAGUCUAUAGAUUACGGACCAUCAGAAACUGGAAAUCGCAUCAGAGCCAAAAGACAACCAGGAACAUUUGAUCUGCACAUUAGUCAAAUCGAGAAGCGUGACACGGGGGUCUACUACUGUUUCAAAGUAUAUUUACAACAAGUCAGGUUUUUGAAUGGAACAUUUCUUCAGGUCUCAGAACCAGAACCUUCUGUGUCUGUUGUCUCUGAAGUCCAACCAGGACAACCCGUAAAGUUCCAGUGUUCCGUCCUCUCCCAGUCUGGGAAUGAAACCUGUCAGGAUGGAUACAAACUUCACUGGUUCAGAACUGGACCGGACAACAUCCAUCCCAGCUUUGUUUCCACUCAUGACGAAUGCAAGAAGGUCAACGAUAAGUCCACUCAGAAUUGCAUCCAUACUUUCUCAAAGAACAUCAGCUCUUCUGAUGCUGGAACUUAUAUCUGUGCCGUGGCCACAUGUGGGAAUAUUUUCACGGGAAAUCCAAUUAAAGUCAUCAUUAAAGAUGUCAGCAGGUCGGAUUCAAACAUUAUUAUUGUCUUGAGUGCUGCUUUGGUUUUAAGUUUCAUCAUGUCAGCCUUCCUCGUCUACAAGAUCAGGACAAAAAACUGUUCUUGCUGCAAAGCUGGUCCACAAACACCUGAUGAAAGGUCCAGUUGCAUCCAGCAGGUAAGAAGAAAGUUUGUAGAAAUUUGUGCGCCUCUUUACUCCAUUUUUACCUUCAUGACUUGCUUCCUCAGAUAUCCAAGGACUCUUUGGUUUAUUCCAUGCCGACAUUCGUCAGCAGGAAAACUGGCAAAGCCAGGCAGAAAACUGCAAUGGCAGCAGACGAAUUUAGCACGUACGCUGAUGUUUGUUGUCAUGACGCAGCGCAAAAUGAAAAUGUGUUUUAACUCAGUUUAACUCAGUUGUCUCUUAUUUAAAUGUAGUUCAAUGUUUAAGUGUAAUUUACGCAAUUUAUGCCUCACAUGGUCACUCGUCUUUACUCCCUUUAUUCCGUCACUUGCGAGAUGCAUUCAGGGACGUUCCAAACAUCAAAUAAACGUAUUUUUAUGUGAUUAAUUUUUUUUUUUUUUAAAUCAUUUAACAGCGCUAGUUUUAACACAGAGGUUCAGGAAAAUAUCGUAGUUGUAGUCGGUUGUCACUCUGGUCAGGGCCAAACGUUACAAAAAAGCACUUGGUGUGUACAAGUACAAAAAAGUACUUGGUGUGUACUUUUUUGUAUGCUCUGCUUUUACGCUAAUUUUUGGUGCUUUGUAUUGAGUUGUGGACUCCUAUAGAGCAGCUACACACAAUAACACACAGAAAGCUUUCUAGAUCUCCCAAUUGACUUCCUGCUUCCGACCCAUGAAACAAUACUAUAAUUUGUUGUGGCUUUUGUUUGUUUUUGAAGAAAUAAACAUGCAUAGGCUAAAAAGCACAAAUAAAGAAAACCACUAUAAUAUUCAGUAUUGUUCCACAAUACCACAAGGACAGUAUUUAAUUGUAAACAAUGAAGAGUUUUAAGUUGGGAUGGAUGUCGUAGUUU